AUGCAAGAAGAUUUGGAACUCUACCAGUACCUCCGGUCGGUGAGCUGCUGCCAGAUUUGCUGUUUGCGAUUUCUCAACGGCCGAGCGGAUGAUUUCCUGAACGUUGAUGAAGGACUCAAAAAGCGCAACCUAACGUCCAACGAGGAAGAGAACCCCCCGAAAAAGCUGCGCGAAAAUCUGUGCGUGGCUUGUCUGGGUCUGUUUGAACCUUCUCGGCUGGAAGCCCUGCUCGAACAGGUCCGCAACAGUUCGGACUUCAAAGCGUACGACUGCCAGUUCUUCAACAGCUCAAUCUCCCUUCCGAUCGUGCUGCACCUGCGCCAACUGUCGCUUUGGUUGGCGCUGCUGGAGCGCUUCCCCGCCCGGUACGAUCGGAACUCUCCGGCGCCGGAUGUGGCCGUCAAGGACGCGCUCAAGAUGAUGCUGAACCGGAAGCUGGAGGACGUGCUGGGGAAACCGUUUUCCGUGCACGGAGUUUCGGUGAAUGUGUUCUUCGAGUACGGCGGCGAGGAGGCUGAACUGGGCGUGUUGAAGCUGGUCAAACCGGAAGUGUUUGUCAAUCGGAAGGCGAACAAGCACUGCCGGAAGGAGUUUAUCACGAGGAAUGCGUUUGAGCGGCAUUUUACGCCGACGACGGUCUGCUGGGAGCUGUUUCGGAAGCAUGUGGCGGUUCCGCCGGCGGUGCAGGACGAAGGGUUGAAGCUGGAGAAGAUUAGUUUCAGCGGGCCGACGGUUUUCUUGGCCGGAAGGUACAACAAGAUCUCGCGCGAGCUUAGCCAGACGCCGUGGAUUUUGGACGGCAAGAGGAAGAUGGAAAACAGCGUGCAGGAAAUUAUGGCGAAGGUUGUGGCGCCGUAUUUCGGCGUUGCUGACCAGAGUUUGAUCUUUUCCUCAAGCGGAAGGGAAGACGUGGACGUGCGCUGCCUCGGCGAAGGUCGCCCGUUUGUACUGGAGAUCCCGUACGCGUUCAAGGACUACCUUAAGGAAUCUGCCGCCGAAGAAAUGGAGCAAGCGAUCGACGCCUCGAAGCUCAUUUCCAUAAAAGACCUCCAAAUGGUCGAGCGUGACGAGCUGGUCCACAUCAAGCAAGGUGAAGAGGACAAACGCAAGUUCUACCGAGCUCUCUGCGUCAUCGACGAGCCAGUUACAGCAACCACCCUCGCCGCGCUCAACAUCGCCGAACCGUUUGCGAUCGAGCAGUGGACGCCGUUACGGGUUCUCCACCGAAGGCCGCUCCUGGCCCGACCACGCACAAUCUACUCGGUGAAGGCGUUCGCGAGUCAAGCCAACGAGCGGGCGAUCGUCGUGGACGUGGUCACCCAGGCCGGGACGUACAUCAAGGAGCUGGUGCACGGGGACUUUGGCCGGACCAAGCCGAGCUUCACGAGCAUUAUUGGCAGGGCGAUCGAUAUUCACGCGCUCGAUGUGAUGGCCAUUGAUUUGGAUUGGCCCAAGCGGUUGAGGAGGAAGGAAUAA